UGGUCGUAGUGAUGAUAUAUUGAACCAGUAGAUGUAGGGAGCCAGAAUACUCGUUGUACUGGAAAAAAUCCCGAACACAGGUUGAAUAUUUAAACAAAUGGCCGAUUCAGACAAACUGAAUAUUGAUAGUAUAAUAGCUCGACUUUUAGAAGUAAGAGGGUCUCGCCCAGGUAAGAAUGUCCAAUUAAGUGAAGCAGAAAUUCGAGGGUUGUGUUUAAAAUCACGAGAAAUAUUCCUUAGUCAACCCAUUCUCCUAGAAUUAGAGGCACCGCUUAAAAUUUGUGGUGAUGUUCACGGUCAGUAUUAUGAUCUAUUAAGACUCUUUGAGUAUGGAGGAUUCCCGCCAGAAAGCAACUAUUUAUUUUUGGGAGACUACGUAGAUAGAGGAAAGCAGUCUCUGGAGACAAUAUGUCUUUUGUUGGCUUACAAAAUAAAAUAUCCCGAGAAUUUUUUCCUUCUUCGAGGGAACCACGAAUGUGCUAGUAUCAACAGGAUCUAUGGUUUCUAUGAUGAGUGUAAAAGAAGAUACAACAUUAAACUUUGGAAAACCUUCACAGACUGUUUCAACUGUUUACCAGUAGCUGCUAUUGUUGAUGAAAAAAUAUUCUGUUGCCAUGGGGGAUUAAGUCCGGAUCUCCAGUCCAUGGAGCAGAUCCGUCGUAUCAUGCGGCCGACGGAUGUGCCGGAUCAAGGCCUCUUGUGUGAUUUACUUUGGUCAGAUCCAGAUAAAGAUGUUAUGGGAUGGGGAGAAAAUGAUCGUGGUGUUUCUUACACCUUUGGUGCCGACGUAGUAGCCAAGUUCCUGCACAAACAUGACCUGGACUUGAUAUGUAGAGCACAUCAGGUUGUAGAAGAUGGCUACGAAUUCUUUGCAAAACGGCAGUUAGUCACACUUUUCUCGGCUCCCAACUAUUGUGGUGAGUUUGAUAAUGCAGGAGCCAUGAUGAGUGUUGAUGAAACCCUCAUGUGCUCAUUUCAGAUUCUGAAGCCAGCAGACAAAAAGAAUUCACCGUAUGGUAAAAUGGCAUCAUCCAGUCGUCCAAUAACUCCUCCUAGAGGUCAGGUUGUCAAGAAAAACAGCAAAAAAUAAUAUCUUACUAUACCCUCUUUUGUAUCUUAGAAAAUCAUUAUAGGUAAAGGUUUCAAGUUCAAUAAGAAGACCUGUACAAAUCCAUGUGGAUAUUAGUAGUUGAAAAGCUUUUUAAAAAAAAGGAAUCCAUGAUAAGGUUCUGUUCUAAAGCUUCAUAGUUGUACAAUAUAUAUUAGAUAAAAAAACAGUUGUUGAUCAUUGUCGGUAUAUUUACAAAGUAUGGUUCUAUCUGUAAUUAUAGUAUGUGUAGUUUUGAACACAUACAUUUAUAUAAAGUGUUAAGCAGCAUUUAGCAAUACAAGAGUACAUGUUCACCUUCAAUAAAAGAUACAUUUGACAUUUUAUUUGUAUAACUUUAAGAAGUUUUCUUUCUAUUUGUUCAUCUACCUAUGCCAGCUAAAUCAGAAGUUUUAUUUUUACUUGUUUUUUUUCACUCUUCAUUUUCAAGUUAAAACAUUCUCAGUUAGUAUCAUUUUAUGUUUUGUCAGUUUCUCUUACCAUAUUGAAGCAGUUUUGACAUUUAUAUAUUUUUUUAACAUCGUAACUUGAAAUAUCCUUGACAUUUUAAAUAUAAAACAAGAUGCAAAGAGUGUCUUCAACUGAAAAACAUCUCAACUUUCAACACAGUUCCGUUAACCCUAUUGCGUUUUUCAUGAAAAAGCUAAAAUAGGUUUGCAUAUAAAUUCUUUGCUUUUAUAAUUUAAAUUUUUUUGGAAUGGGAGAACUGAAAUUCCUUCAUUAGGCUUAAUAAAUACUUUUAGAUAUUCAGCAUUUACAGUGUUUCUAAAAGAUGGUUAGAACCAUUUUAAUAUUUUGAAGAUUAUUCGUAAAUGUUUAGUUCUGGGAAUGAAAUUAUAUAGUGAAGGAAAUGUUGUUUCCGAUAUGUUAUCUUUUCUUGAGUAGUACUGCCGUCUGUCGGUGCCAAUUUUCAACACUCGCCACUAGCCUUCCACCUCUCGCUUCUACAUAUCCACCUAUAAAUGAUUAUGCGGCAGCUCUCCACCAAUAGGAGUGUGAUACAACUAUUGUAACCAGCACCCUCUCCUCAUUCGCACGUAUUAAUCACUUCUUGAUUGACAGUAGAACUCUACAGACGUGCUUGUUUUUGCUCAAAAUUUGUCAUUGUUUUCCUCUAUACUAUAGACUUAGUUUUUCUUUACUAUGUUUUUGUUAUUUCUUUAUUUUCAGGGGCUUUUUUUGCUAGUGUAUUGUGGGUCUCACUCUGUGGUGAGUGGUGCCUGACCAGGUAUACUUUAUUUUUUGAAAAUCCACACUGUCCAUCCUGUGACCAUAUUCGAUCUCAAUUAUGUUGUAGCUCUUCCAGAUGCUGCCAGAUGUUGGUUGUGUGUCUCCAUUCAGUUGUUCAUCUAUGCUGAAACAAUUACAUCACAGGAUUAGAUUAUUCACAUCCUAAAGAUGGGAUGUUCCAUAGGACUGCUAGUAGUUCUUUCUAAUGGUCUUUUGCAUCAUAAAUAUGUUCAUCCCAGACCAUACACUCAUCAACACACAUGAGUAAAACAGACAGCGAUUGCUGCCCAUCUCUGAUGCUCCAUGGUAUUGAGACUCUUCCUACUGCGGACCUGAUGUACAAUUCCAAAUGCCACCGGUUGUUGAUUCACAGACUCCGUCAACACAGUAGCUCUGGUUUUCAAAAUAAGGUAUCACGGUCACCAGUUGCACUGUCUCCGGUGAUGUGAUCCUAUAGACUCUCCAACAUGUUUUUCCCUUCUUUCUUGUAGUGGAGUAUGGGAGUCCUUGCCACUUACCAGUUUCUAGCUGCUGGGAUGGUGGACCAUGGAGGCCUGUCCUCCUGUGUGUUGCAUCAUACCACUCAGUUGAGAGUAGGGCAGUGGCAUUCUGCAGCUGUUGAUGGCGUAUAGCACUUCCUAACACGGACCUGAUGUACAAUUCUAGAUACUGCCAGGUUUUGGCUGUAGCACUACACCAUAUUAAUAUAUAUAUAUCUGACAGAUUGAUUUUUCUUACCAUCCUAGGUAUGUUCCUGGUAGGUCUGGUGUUAAUUGGAGAUGACCUAGUCAUGAUUAGGAUCUUGUGUCGAUGGCAUGUAGCACUUCCUAACACGGACCUGAUGUACAAUUCUAGAUACUGCCAGGUUUUGGCUGUAGCACUACACCAUAUUAAUAUAUAUAUAUAUAUCUGACAAAUUGAUUUUUCUUACCAUCCUAGGUAUGUUCCUGGUAGGUCUGGUGUUAAUUGGAGAUGACCUAGUCAUGAUUAGGAUCUUGUGUCGAUGGCAUGAUGCCCUUUGUACCACGGACCUGAUGUACAAUUCCAGAUAUCUCCAGGUUUUGGUUGAAGCACUCUGCCAUGUCAUGAUUAUAUAUAUCUGGUGCAGUUUACCCCUCAGGCUGAGACAUUCCUUCUACUUACCAACCUUUUGAUAUGGUUCUUGGGGGGGGGGGG